GUUUCAGAUACUGAUAAAAGGAAAGACGAUCGUUUUUCCUCAAGAAGUAUGGACAGUGAUUCAGGAGGCUAUGCUUCACCGGAGGAAGAGGAUGACAUUUCGCCGAUUUCUGAUUUCUACAAAGAUAGAAGUGUCUUCAUAACAGGCGUGACGGGAUUUGUAGGAAAGGUCCUUCUGGAAAAGCUAUUGAGAGCAUGCAGCAGUGUAAAAACCGUUUACGUUCUUCUGCGAACCAAAGAUGGAAUGGACCCCAGACAACGACUGGAUGAACUUCUUACCUCUCAGGUGUUUUCAAGGCUAAAACAUGAGAAACCCACAACUCUUACAAAAAUUGUGCCAAUUGCGGGAGAUAUUAGUCUUUCCAACUUAGGACUAAGCCAGUCGGAUGUGAAUAUGCUAUCCAAGCAUGUGUCUGUGGUAUUCCAUUCAGCUGCUACAGUCAGAUUCGAUGAACCUUUGAAAAAGUCCGUCAAUUUAAAUCUUUUGGGUACACAACGGGUCCUGCAUCUGUGCAAGAAAAUGGCGCAGUUAGCGGCUCUCGUUCAUGUUUCGACGGCUUAUAGUUAUUGUAACAGAAAAGACAUUGAUGAGAUUAUCUACCCGGAGAAGAUUCCAGCUCAGAAAGUUAUAGAAAUUACUGAAUGGAUGGACGACGAGCUACUGGAGACCCUCUUGCCUAAACUGAUGGAUGGUCGUCCUACUACCUACCACUACAGUAAAGCUUUAGCGGAGAAUUUGCUGGUUUCAGAAGGCGGAGGUCUGCCUAUUGCUAUCGUUCGCCCUUCGAUAGUCACAGCCGCAUUUAAAGAACCUAUGCCGGGCUGGGUUGAUGGAGUCAACGGGCCAACAACAUUCAUUAUCAUGACUGGCCAAGGUCUUCUUCGUACAAUGUUGGUUUAUGAAGGAACAGUCGUGGACUGGAUGCCUGUAGAUCUGGUGGCUAACUUAUUAAUAUCCUCAGCAUGGCAAAUCGGAUCUCAAAAGCCUAACACAAUAAAAGUGUAUAAUUGCACAUCGGGUGACUUAAAUCGUGUCACAUGGUCGGAUAUCGAAAGAACAGCCUAUCCUCUCAUCAUAAAAUAUCCAUUACCCAACGUUAUUCGUUAUCCAGGAGGAAGCUUCAAAUCCAGCCCUUUUAUGAAUACCCUUUCUGUUAAGUUGGAACACAGUUUACCAGCUUAUUUUAUCGACACGGUGGGUUGGAUAUUCGGAUACAAAACCGAGUUUGUAAGUUUGGUUCACAGAAUGGAACGAGCAGCUGGAUAUUUACAGUACUUCACAACUAGAGAAUGGACUUUCCAAUGCACGAAUUUAGUUCACUUGAGAGAACUUCAGUCGCGAAGGGACAAAGAGAUUUUCAAUAUUGAUGUAAGGCCUAUUGAAUGGACACCUUACUUAGAAAAUUAUGUGUUAGGAGUCAGAAAAUUUAUACUUGGAGAGCAUGUCUCAACUAUACCAGCUGCAAGGAGAAGACUUAUGAGGUUAUAUUAUGCAGGCUUGUUGGCUAAGUAUGGUGUCAUGUUUGGAUUCAUCUAUGUAAUACUCAAGAAAACAAAUCUUUCCCAACAUAUCAUGUGGAAUUUAAUAAGUUUAGCUAUCAGAGUUAUGCAAUAUAUGCCGAAAAGCUGGCUUAAAUAUUUGAGUUCAUAAUCUUGCUCUGUGAAUAAAUUUUAUGUAUAAGAGUUUCCAAGGUGAAACAAAA